GUUUUAUUAAAGCGUAUGUGAGUGUUUCUGAAGAGUCCAAGUUUGAAUAUUGUUAAAAGGCCUUGUAGACUCAUGUCGCCAGAUACAGUGAUGAAAGAACAGAAAGGGAGCUGUUUCGAGAUGUCCACUCUUCUCGUUUCAUUUCUGAUUGGCUCAGGCUAUGAUGCCUAUGUCGUAUCUGGUUAUGCCACCAGGGAGAUCUGCGUCAACGAUCUAUCCAGAUACAAAUGUCCGCUACUAAUUGAAGAACCUCAGGAAGAAGAACCGAAGAAAGAAGUUGAGGAAUCAAAGUACGUGGCGAAGCCAGUGAGAGAUCUUCGUAGUAAAUUUCUUCUGAUGAUGGCUGAACGUGAAGAGGCAAAAAAGAAAGCGGAAGAAGAAAAAGAAAUGGAAGAAGAAAGACUGAGAAUUAUGGAACUGGAAAAGCCAGAGCCUGACCCUCUGUAUGGCUGGAGAGUACACAGUUGGGUCCUCGUGCUGCCUGGCAAGAGAGAGAUCAAAAAGCCUUUCUUCAUAGAAUCAGCUUCAGGCAUGAGCUAUGACAUUGCAGACGCCAAUUACCUUGGCGUAGAGAGCAUAUGGAAUAAUGCAAACUAUUGGGUCAAUCUUCAGAUCUGCACUAAUGGAUGUGAGGACCUGGAUUGGGACCUGACGAGAAUAAAAAAAUGGGAGCAUGUACUUGUUGGAGAGCCUUGGGAUCAACGAGUGUCUAACAAAGACGCCUACUCUUACCAGGACGACAAGGACUCAGUGCUCCAAGAGAAGCAUCUGGACAUGCCAAUGUCCUGGGUCAACCAGAUUGAGCUGCCCAAUGACAGAUAUGAACAGAGGUAUCCAAAUGGCUCCAAAUCAAUAAACUAUUACAAAGCGAUGUGCGAUCUAUACGCACCUUAUCUGCAUAGAGAUGGUCUCAUUUGGAGGAUAAUCACCUACUUGGAUUACGAGCAAAUAAAUCCCGAAGUCAUUCAUGAAUGUUACAAGUAUAGAGAGGACUGCCUCCAGAAGAAAGUCAGGUACCUGUCGACUGAUGAGACAUAUGAGUUCUAUAAGAGAGGAAGAGAUGACUGUAUUAAAACAUUCAAAUCCUACAUAACCGAUGAAAAUCAGCAGCACGUGAGGAGAGAGAUCGAUUUCUACUAUGAAGCAAGGUACGAUGGUCUGAGGCGAUUGGAGAUGAGCUCGGAGCACAUGCUUGAGGAGUUCAAGGGCAGAGAUGACCGCCUGUUCAGGAGGUAUGUCUCGGUGAGGACAUCCGAGCGCAGAAUGAGUGAGGAUGGAGACAGGCGUACUUACAAGUAUGUGAAAGAAGAUUAUGAGAGAAAUCCAUCGAUUCCCGCCGAUGAGGACAUAGCAAGUCGUGAGUUCUGCCUUCUAUUGAACCAGAUUGUUCUGAAAUAUCACUAUGGACCUGAUAAAGUGACAGCCGCAUUCCGCAGGAUCAAUAAACCACCAAUCAGUGAUCUCGGCGAUCGACUAACUUAUGAUGACUCAUUUUUUGUUGUCUAUAAGCCAGAUCCUUUUGCUGAAGCUGAUAGGAAAGUGGAUUUGUAUUUGCUGAUGGUAAAAAGUCUGCAGGAUGAAGAAAUGACACUUUGUCAUAUACGAGGAAUGGAGGACGAGCUUUACAAUAUGAUUCACACGAGGUCCCUGGAAGCAGCACAAGCAAACUUGACUGUUUCCAUUUUCGACGAACUGAGGAAUGAGGAUGCAAAACUAGGAAUGAAAGAGCUGGAGAGAGCGAUUCAAGAGAAGAGUGAGAGAGAAGUUGAGGCUGGAAUAGAUUUUCUGGCUCCAUACCUGAUUGGUAGAGACAAAGAUGAAGUUUUGCCUUACGAUCUAGCAUUGCAAGUGAGAGAGAAAUGCUUGGAGAACUACAAACAGACUCUGGUCAACCGAGCCAAUAGAAUGAAAAUCAAUUUUGAAGAAUUAAGUAUGAAGUUGAGCGAUGAAGAUAUGCUAUCAAAGUCAUCAGUUUGUUCUGAAGAUCAAGAAACUUGUUCAGAAAGGAAAAGAAGAAGUGAUAUCAUCUUCCAAUUGCAUAUUUUGGAGAAAAGGCUGGAAAGACACAAAGAGACUGCAGCGAGAAGAUACAAAGCAGUAGAGGAAUGCUUGAAAUACGAUAAACGACUUUCUGCCAUCCACAAAAACAAGUGAAUAUAACUAAGCUUAUAGUGUUAUGACAGUGAUUGGCCAGUGUGUAUGAAUUCAUUAUUCAGACAAAAACUGAAACUAUUGGUCAGGUAGUCAGGUACUACAAAAUAAAGCUGUAUUCCAAUAUUACAGUCCCAAGUUUAUGAGAACUGCCUAUAUAUUGAAAACUUUCAUCCUUGGAAAGCUAUCCUGAUUGAAUCUUCAUAAUAUAGGCUAUUAAAAUACUUUAAUUUUUUCUAUGUGUGAAAAAUAAUGAAAUUUUAUUAAAGUAUUAUAUGAAAAAAGCAUUGUAUUCAACUAGUAACUAUCGGUAGCUUACUGUAACUUAUAAAAAUACUCGUGAUCAACAUCUCUUGAACAAAUUAUAAUUGGCAUAUCGUUGGACCUAGAAAAGGAUAGUACCACCGGCUUUAUCGAAUGAUAGACAAGGAUAGCAAAGCCAAAGUUGAUCAAAUACUGUCAUUAUAACGUGGACCUCACUAUAAAUCCAUUCAUUUUAAUUAUUUUCUACUAUGAUUCUUUUUCUAAAUUAGAAAAAAUUACUUAAAUAACAUAAAGUCAUAUUGAUAAAUGUAGCUCCAACCGAUCCAUGUAGAUAUUUGGAAGAGAACACAUUUUAAUAUCUUUGCUUAGGAACAAAAAUGGAUUUAUAAAAUUAUUAUUAUUAUUGAGCGUGGAAAUGUUAUUGUAUUGGUAUAUGCUUUGAAACUUUUCAAAAUUUCCUAAUGUAAUAAAUUGUAUUUUUUAAAUCUGAACUUUUGAAAAAUAAAAU